AUGGUUGUGUCUCAGCGCCUCUCCUCUGACAGUACACCUUUCUCGGAUCCUACUCUUUACCGCUCUUUAGUUGCCUUGCAGUAUUUGACCAUCACGCGCCCUGAUCUUACUCAGUCUGUCAACUCUGUCAGUCAUUUUCUUCAUGUUCUAACUGAAGAACAUUUCCAAGCCAUCAAGCAUAUCCUGCACUAUGUCAAGGGCACUCUUCACUUUGGCUUAACCUUUUCUGCAGCACCAUCUACUGGUCUCUUGGCCUAUUCUGACGCUGACUGGGCAGGGUGUCCUAAUACUCAGCGUUCCACCUCUUGUUAUUCCAUUUAUCUUGGGGACAAUCUUGUCUCCUGGAGUGCCAAAAAGCAGCAUACAGUUUCCGUUCCAGUUGCGAAUCCGAGUACUGUGCUCUCGCUUUUAUCGCUGCUAAGGUUCUAUGGCUUACUCAUCUCCUAA